GUCGACCUAGUAGCUGACUGUGUAUGUGUAUGGAAAUGCGUUAAAGGCAUGAAGCAAUUACAGUUUUAUCCUCCUUGAAUUACAAAUUUCAUAAAAAGACACUAGCAAAACUAUUGAUGUGAACUCGAGCUACCAUGACAAGAACCAAUGAGUUGACUUAUUGACAUACUUCCUCGUGUGUCACACGUGACGAACUGUGUAGAGGCUUUACUAUCUUGUGGCCCGAUAGCGUUGUUCUGAGUUUGUAAACUAAAGACACUGCGUAAACUGUCCGUGAAAUGAGAAGGUGACGAGGUGAUAAUCCCUGUUUAGCGCUUGUAAAUUACGUAGACGGCGGAGGCAAUCUAUAUCUAUAUAUAGAUAUAACAUCGAUAUACAGAACAUGGCGUAUAUUCACUGACACCGUAGGAACUGUGUAUUUCCUCCGAUAUUCCUUUCCACGGGACUUCGCUAUACUGUUUGGUAAGAAGAUAAUCUGGAAAGAAAUUCCUUCAACUAACCAUGAAAACAAGACAGACCACAAUCGUGAUGGCAGUUUCAAUCAGCCUAAAUAUCGGCUUAAUGUGCUACGUAUACCUCAAAUCUAAAACACCGGUUAAUCAAGACAUUGGAUUGCGUACCAUGGCAGAGACAUUUGGAAAGAAAGAAUUGCCAAUCGACUCUUCACAUGACAAGUUUUUAAUGGGUCUUCAUCCAGUCACAUUGUCACAAACACAUGCAAGGAACGGUGCAAAUAUAUAUACUAAAGAUAUAGAUAAUAAAAAGUCGCAUACUCUUCCAGUAAAGCAUGUUAAUCCGACAACAUCACAUGAUCCAAAACGUUCUGUUUAUAACUGGAAUGGUCAUACAUGGAAAGAAAAUAAAACUGUCUGUGAGAAUCUCCCUUCGUUCCGUGAAGGCACCCUCCGAACACGAUCGGGGGACACUCCUAUCUUUGUCCAUGAGCCGUCGGUAGAUAAAUACAUCUCGCAAAACAUUUUGAUCUCUGGAACUUGGGAACGUGAUGUAGCCUUAGCUGUUGUGUCUUACCUUCAAGCUGAUAAAGAUCUUCAAUUUGUUGACAUAGGUGCAAAUAUCGGAGUCAUUUCAUUGGAAAUCGCCAAACUUGGUCGCCGGGUUGUAUCGGUGGAACCCUUAAUAGAUAACGUCCAGCGAUUAUGUUCUUCAUAUAACGCAGGUCAUUUUCCUGCAGAUCUCACAAUUGUGUUCAAUGCAAUAUCGGACAUCCACGAACAGGUUGCUCUGGGGCGCGACCAGAACAAUAUCGGGGGCACAUUUGUGUUAAACAACAACCCUAACAAACGGAAUGGAUCUGACGUGAUUUUGAUAGGACAGUACCGCGAAUUAGUCAACACUAUCCUGUUGAAUGACUUACUGUCUUUGCUAUCCUCUAACCCUCUUACCAAGGUUGUUAUCAAACUGGACGUGGAGGGAUACGAGGAUCAUGUGCUGAAUGGUGCCGAUGAAUUCUUCCGUCAGGUUGACGUGCAAACAGUCAUAAUGGAAUGGACAUAUAGUAAACAGCCCGGUACAGCAGAGACUAUCCAGUCGUUUAUGAGUAUGCAUAGCAUGUUCCCGUACGACUUUAAUAACGGGCCGCUUGAAAACCUACCACGUGCAAAAUGGCCUCCUAAUGUAGCCUGGUUAAAGCAAUCACGAACUCCAUGAUAUAUAAUUGUUCACGUAAUAUGUAGAAAAAUAUGGUAGAAAAAUCGAUGGAGCAUUCAUGUUAUAUGUACACACUAUACUACAGACGGCAUAAAGUGUUACAAACAGAGGUAUUUAUGUGAUAAAGAGAGGGCUACCGACAAGAAAUUAUUGCAUAUCAUUUGUAACAAAAAAGGUCAGUCUAUUCUCAAGUUUAAUCUAUCAGUAACGUGUGAGAUAAUCUUAUUACAUUUGUUCAUAGCCAAAUAAUGAAGCGUGUCGUCCAGGGUAACACCCCGUAUCUCCGCAAUGUCUUAAUGCAGAAAUAGUUUUGUCGGUGAAAGUAAUAAAUACUAAUAUACAAAUGAGUUGUUUUCCUUAAUAAUGAAAGGUUUUUACUUGUUUAAUUGAUCAUUUUAUCUUAAAAAUGUUAAAUGAC